AUGUCUACCUCGUCUACUGAAAAACAUUUAACUUAUUUCAUUAACAAGUGGUGUUUGGCGAAGUUUUUAAGAAGAUCGCGGGGCAAGAACUUUCCACGUGCCACUAUAGACUAUAGAGCGGAAUAUGACACGUACAAAAGAGUUUUCAUGAGCCAAUCUAACUCUGUAGAAAGACAAAGGCUGUGUGCUGAGUUUGAGGGGGACAAAUUUUCAGAACCAGUGAUAAAGUAUUGGGUAGGGUGGUGUCAACAGUGGGGUAAAAAUGACAAAGAUAGAAUACCACCUGAAGCAAGAAAUUUUUUAGACAUGGUGUUGGUACAGAAGUGGGCCAACCAUGGUUAUUUGGAGGCAGAGGCUAUGGCUGGCCAUAAUUAUAAUGUUCUGCCAUCAGGAAAAGUGGUCCAGACAGUAUUAAAUGAUAAUGAUGUAAAAGUCCAGGUUUCUGAGGCGGACUUAAAGUUUUUAAAGUCUACUCAGGAUAUUACUCAACGUGUUGAUGUGCCUGUUGAUGAAAAUCCUACUACCAUCACUGAAGACACACCACCCAUUAUCAUACCUGGCACAACUGGAUUUCCUGUUGGAUUCUCACGAUAUAUAUUUAAUAUUGAGGGUUGUAACAGAUUUGAGGAUCAACCUGGCCACAAGGUCGACUAUGAUCUGAUGUGGUGUGAUGAGAACAAAAGGGAGUGGGAACUUGCCAUAGGUGAAUUUUCAGGGAAACCCUUCAAACCAGAUGAGGACAAGAUCUACACUGAUAGAUGCAAGCUCUUUCGUGGCAUGAAGGACAUACUUGAUGAUCGCCUACUGGCAAUCAUGCGGGAUAGAUUGAGCCAACAGGCAUAUGAGAUUGCAUGA